AUGUGGCUCUCCCACUUCGCCACCAGCCCAUCCGACCUACCUUCGACCACCUCCUCUCCUUUCGAGACCAUCCUCGCCAAAUUGACCUGCUUCACAACCUCCCGCCGCUUCCUCAAGCCCGUCACAACCAUCAUGAAUCGCGGCCAAACGCCCACAACCCAGCAGACGACCCGCCUAGCCAUCGACAUCCUGAUCUUCCGCCUCGAACUUCUCUCCGCCGGCGACAAGCUGCCAUACUCCCUCGGCGAAGACCUCAUCGACUUGCAAAACUGCAUCUACGUCUCCCGCUUCUUUCUCGACUUGGCGAAGGUCCGCGCCGCAUCGAUUUCGGCGAGGACUGCGAAAGACCCUGACGUUCAUCGUCUUUUGGAUCUGAUCAACGUCAAGCCGUAUGAGGAGGUGUUGGAGAGGGUGGCCGGCAUGAAAGGUUGUACUAGAGCUGAGAUUGAUCUCGCGGCGAUUACGUUUGGAGAAUUUGUGAGGGAUACGGAGGAAUUGGAACUGGGGGUUGAGGUGGAGGACGAUAUCGAUGAGUGGAUCGCUGGCGGAUAUGAAGAAUAG